CGAAUAUCUAGAUUAAAAAGUCUUAAAACGUUAGAUAUCUACGUCAACAUUAUUAUCUUGUUUAUUUUAUUAAUUUUUUUUUUGGCGAUUGAAAAGAUUGAUACAUAUGCACAGCGAUCAAAGCAGGAGAUUUAUUGUCAUACUUAAGUUCUUUGGGUCAUAAGUUUGUACUCAUCAAAUUUGUUAUGUGUGUCAUGUUUUCGAAGGAAGUAAUUUUAAACUCUUUGGUGCUAAUUUGUAUGUGUUAUUAAUUAGAUACAUCAGAGUGUUACCUAUUCAUUCAAACUUGGAUAUGGUUGCUAACAAUUUUGAAAUUCAAAUAAAAAAUUUUAAUGACUAUGAUUGUGUUAAUUACAGACUUGUUUUGUUUCAAGGCACCAUUCGUUUGAAUAGUAGUGAUUGCAAUGAAAUUAAUGGCAAUGUGUUAUGCUGUUCCAAUGGGACCAUAGUGAAAUGGCCAGUUUCUAAUGGGCUAUUUAAGUGCUUAGCCCAACUGAUCCCAGGUUUGAAUGAGGUUAAAUUGACCUAUGAGGGUGUUGUAAAGACACUUCUUGUCAAUUUUGAGGUGCAUGAAACCGACCAGUUUGUGGUUCCUGUUUAUUUCAUUCCAAAAGACCAUGAUGGGCGCUUUCAAUCACCCCAAGGUGUUGAUAACAAUGAAGAAAGUGCAAUUGCUAGAAUUGGGUUUGGUAUGUUAAUGAUUCAGAGUUUGUUUGCGGAAAUAAUAGGUGAAAGAAAUUUUCCCAGAAAGUCAUUUCAGUUAGAAAAAGAUUUGUUUCCGAAGGCUCCACCAUGUAGAUUGUUUAAAAGCUCUUUAAGUGUUGAUGAAGUUGUGAAGAUGAGUGAUGAAGAACUGUGGGAGGAAGUUGGACGUGAACUAAUGCUGUCUAAUCUUGGAAGUGAAAAAAAGAAAUUUGUGUGUUUCAUAUCUUGUACACUAUGGAAUGGACAUACUGUAUUGGCUAAUCCAGCUCUUGGUGGAGGAGGUCUUGCUCUCCUCGGAUCUGGAUCACUUCAUACUUGGCCAACUUCCCUGACCGAAACUGUAUCUUCUUUAACUAAUGACAAGAAAUUGGAGCCAUAUCUUCUUGACAACAGUUGUUUCAGAGGAACAUAUUGUGGUGCAUUCGCUACCAGCCUUGGCUCAACAGCUCAUGAGAUGGGGCAUAUUUUUAAUCUUGGGCACACAAGGAGUGGCCUUAUGUCUCGUGGUUUUGAUAACGCCCAUCUUCUCUUCAUACAAGCUUCUAGUGGAAAAGACAAUGGAGGAGACGAGCUAGUACCAUGCCUUAUUGAAGGGAAGCAAAUACUGAAGCCAACUGCUAUCCACCAGAUUAGACCUCAAGAGGCUCACCUAACAUUUCUGGAAUCAGGCUGUGCAGGUAUUCUCGCUUAUCAUUGCUGGUUUAAUCCAACAUCUCAAGCUUUUCCAAUCCGGUACAACAAGUUACGGCACAUUGUAGAAAGUGAAGGGGCCAGCUUAAAGGUAGUUCAAGUACGAGGUGAGCAAGGAGCUGUUCGCCGCAGCUGGGAACUCCGAGGCUCUGGCAAGCAGCUUGUCGUACCAUCAGGACAUGAAGGUGCUACUCUCAUCGCCAUUAAUUCUUCUGGAACAAUACUGAUUGAAGUACUCUAGAUUGCUAAGAUAUACUUUAUACUAUUAGCUUGAAAUCUGAAGGUAAGUGCAAUGUAUAUUUCAUAGAUUAUGUCUAGAACUAGCAAUAUCGUCACUAGACUGACCUAAUAAUAGUACUUUUAAUUAUUUUAUGUUUUAAUGAUUGUGAUAAUAAUGUAAUUUAUUAAUGCCACUUAUAAAUGUAAUAAGCUGUAUUAUAGUUUCUGUUUGGUUAAUAUUACUGUUUACAUUUGGAAAUUUUUAUUUAAUAUAAAUUAUACUUUCACGUUAUGUACUGAAACAAUACUGAAUAGGCUGUCACUUAGUUACUGUGAUAUUAAGACUUAGGAACAUUAAUUUAUAUAGUAUUUAAUGUUUAUUAAUAUAACUAUCAUAACAACAAAUUCAAAUUGGAAAAAAAAGAAUCAUUUUCAAUGUUAAUUUGUUCAAUGUUUCAAUCAUUUAAUCUGAGGAAAAUCGAGAGAGGACUUUCGACAGGAGCAGAAGGUAAAGAAAUUGGUGUGCUCCUUGGACCGGGCUGCUUAUCUGGUGCAGCCAGAGACCUGUUGCCCCCCACCACGCCAGCCAUGAUAUCUCCAGCAAGGUCAGUGUCAUCUAAGCAGUACUACGUAAUCAAUCUCGCUAUCAUCGAAGGAGCCCAACCUACUUUGUUGUCGAUUGAAUUUUUUUUUUUUUUUUUUUUUUUUUUUUUUAU